CAGAAGACCGCAGUUGCUUUUGGGUGUGCUGGCUCUGGAGAAUUUAUGUGCCGGUUGUCGCUACGAGAAGAGAUAAAUGCAUGCAAUUGCACCAUAAAGAGAAGGAGGAAAAGAAAAAGGAAAAAAGGAGAGGAAAUUACACCAUAAAAGAAGACGGAGAAGAAAAGGAGAAGGAAGAAGAGGUAAUCUUUACAUUAUGCAGACAACGUAAAAGUAGGAUAUUUACUUCGGCGUCUGAAACACAACUUCAAAAAAUUCAAAAGUGCUUACGUGAGACGACACAGUGAGGCGGAAAGUGAGAGCUUUUAAGUGACAUAAAAGAAGCGACGGGAUAUUGAGAGAAAUCCAUCAUAACAAGGGAAAGAUAAUCCCGGGAAAACAAAGAUAAGAUUGCCACGAGUGAGACAAACAGAGGAAACAAAGACUGCAAGUGCCCAGUGCCAUGAAGAUAGCACGGACGCUCUUUGGCCCCCGUGCCCCAGACGGCUACUCGGACGGCACAACUCAGGUCCAUGUCGACACAGCUGUGGAUGAGGAUGAGAAUGACGAGGUGUUCCUCCCGGAUGCGCCAGAAGGGCUGACGACAGGCAUCAGCAUUGGCAGAAGUUGUGGGGGCGUGACAGAGCCCUGCAUUGGGGGUCCCUUCUCGGCCAUCACCCCUUCCAUGUGGCCCCAGGACAUUCUCCUGAAGCUGUCACAGCAGGACCAGCAUAUUGAUCCCAACCAUCAGCCAGAUUAUAGGUUUGAUGAGUUUGGCUUUCGUGUAGAGGAGGAGGAUGGCCCUGAACAGAGUAGUAAGAAGCUACUGAGUCAGCCAUUUGUUGAGGAUCCGCAGCACAGAUUGCAGUGGAUAGCAUACCUGGAAUUUAGCCACAGCGAUGAGGUCGGGGAGUUGACCUGGGACCACGUGGAUGUGCGGCUCCCAAGGACGGAUAAGUUGAGGGGAAUGGUCAAGAAUGGGGUCCCUCACUCCCUACGGCCGCAGUUGUGGCUGAGGCUCUCGGGUGCCCUUCAGAAGCAGCAGCAGUCAGACAUAUCUUAUCGAGAUGUGGUGAAAGCAUCGAGCAAUGAUGCCCUCAUGACUAGUAAACAAAUAGAAAAGGACCUCUUGCGCACUAUGCCCACCAAUGCAUGCUUUUCGCAACUCACUUCUACGGGCAUUCCACGACUGCGACGGGUUUUGAGGGCCCUUGCCUGGCUCUACCCUGAUAUUGGGUAUUGCCAAGGUACGGGGAUGAUUGCUGCAUCUCUACUGCUUUUCUUAGAAGAGGAGGAAGCUUUCUGGGUCAUGUGUACUAUAGUGGAGGAUCUGCUGCCUGCUUCCUACUACUCCUCCACUCUGCUGGGUGUACAAGCAGAUCAGCGUGUGUUGGCUGCCCUGGUGUCUACCUAUCUGCCUGGAGUGGAGUCUGUAGUACGAGAACAUGACAUUGAACUCUCUCUCAUCACCUUGCAUUGGUAUGUGACCCUUUUUGCCUCAGUGCUUCAUAUGAAGAUCCUCCUGAGGGUGUGGGACCUGUUCUUCCUGGAUGGAUCCAUUGUCCUUUUCCAGGUCACUCUGGCCAUGCUGAAGAUUAAGGAGGCAGAGCUCCGUAGCCUUGAGAAUUCAGCACAGAUAUUCAAUGCACUCUCAGAUAUUCCAGGGGAUAUUGAUGAUGUUGAUUGCUUGUUUAAGGUAAUGGAUAAUGUAUGUGGGAGCUUAACAGAUGUAAUGGUUGAGACCCACCGUCGACGCCACCUUGCAUAUCUCAUGGCUGAUCAUGGUGCACUUAUCAACCCAGAUCACUCUACAAACCUCCCCAAGCAGCAGCUGAACAGGCGACAAGUUAGCAAGAGUAAAUCUAUGCUGGAGUUGAUAUUAUUUGGUGAAGACUGUAGCAAUGAUGACCUUCGUAACAAAAAUAUCCGCCAGACUGAGUUGCUUGUAGAUCUGCGCGAGGCAAUUCUACAAGUAGGCAGGCAUUUUCAGAGUGUUGAGCCAGCCUUCAGUUCAGUGUCCCUCACUCCAGACUAUUCCUUGGAGUCUCAUGCACAUGACUUACCUGAGUUUUUAGCAACAGCAAGAUCCAGACACAGAAGAGCAAAGGCAUUACUUGAUUUUGAACGCCAUGAUGAUGACGAGUUGGGUUUCCGUAAGAAUGACAUCAUUACUAUUAUAUCCCAGCGUGAUGAGCACUGCUGGAUAGGAGAACUGAAUGGAUUGAGAGGCUGGUUUCCUGCAAAGUUUGUAGAAGUGUUGGAUGAGCGUAGCAAGGAAUACAGCAGAGCAGGUGAUGAUGCUAUUAAUGCUAUUGUAACUGAUCUUGUGCGUGGGACUCUGUGCCCAGCCAUCAAGGCAAUAUUGCAACAUGGAAUGCAGCGCACGUCUCUCUUAGGAGGCCCUUGUCAUCCCUGGCUGUUUAUUGAAGAAGCUGCGGCAAGGGAAGUAGAGAGAGAUUUCUCAUCGGUAUAUUCGCGCUUAGUGCUGUGCAGGACAUUCAGGCUCGAUGAAGAUGGCAAAGUCCUCACUCCAGAAGAGUUGCUGUAUCGAUGUGUGCAAGCCAUUAAUGUAAGCCACGAUGCAGUCCAUGCACAAAUGGAUGUUAAACUUCGGUCCCUGGUCUGCUUAGGACUAAAUGAGCAGGUGUUGCAUCUCUGGCUGGAGGUCCUGUGUUCGAGCGCCGAUGUCGUAGAGCGAUGGUAUCAGCCCUGGUCUUUCCUGAAGUCCCCCGGCUGGGUGCAGAUCAAGUGCGAACUGCGAGUGCUGGCACAGUUCCCUUUCACGCUGAACCCAGACUGGGAACUGCCCCCUCCCCCCAACCAGGAUCAGAGGCCGCUGCGAGAGGGCGUGCGGGACAUGCUCGUCAAACACCAUCUCUUCUCUUGGGACCUGUAGCAUUGGUAGUCCUUUUUUUAGAACUGACUUUAAAAGUCGAUUUGGAGUUUGGAAGUAUUUUUAUAGUCUGAUUACAUUUUAGAGAAAUGAAAUGCCAUUCUGUGAAAUGAAAUGUCAUACUUACAAAUUACAUACCACAUUUUUUUUUUUUUUUUAUGAUUCUCAUAAAACAUGAUUGUCGCAUUGAACAUCUACUUGCUUGUAAAAAAAAAAUAAUAAUAAUAGAUCUGAAAAAGUGGAGGCAAAUUUUCUUUAUAUUCUUUGCAGUGUUUGAUUCAACUCCCUUUUCCUUUAGACAGUGUUAAGGAAACUACUCCAGGUACUUUUCAUUUAUCAUCCUUGUUAGUAGAAGAUUAAUAUUGUUAUUAUAUUUUUUUCUAUACAGCAGCACAGUAUUAUAUGGUAGAACACUCAUAACAUAUUAUCUCUAAGACUCCUUGUACAGUUUUAAUCUUAAGAGUACACAUCAUCAAGCAUUCUUAGUGUACAUCAGUCAUUCAUGUGCCAUGUCAUAUGCUGCAGAAAUAGAGUCAUUUACUCUUUACUGAUAUAAAUGUUAUCUCUUUCUUGACAUUUAUUGAAAGCUUUAGUUUCAUUCAUUAGCUACUCACAUAAUGCAGGGGAAUUAAAGUGCAUCUGGGUGAGAGUAUUUCUGAACACUUGCCACACUUAUGGGCAAACUUAGAGGUAAAUGAGCUCAUGCAUCAAUCAGGAAUCUUCAUAAUUCUAACUAUUUUUGAACUGAUUAUUUUGCAAGAAGGAACAUAUUUUUAAUAGUUUCAUUCAUUAGGACAUUUUUAGAAAUGGAAAUGAUUUUUAUUUGAUAAUUUGUAAAAUAUUAUAGAUCCUGAGAGUUAUCAUGUGGAUUAUGAUGCCAGAAUUCAUUGGUUCAAUUUAUCAAUUAUUGAAUUUAUAUUUAUGAUGAACACACACACACACACACUAAAUAAUCUGUUCUUGUGCUAUUUGCACUACCCAUGGAUAAUGAGAUUCCUAUUUUAUAAAUGAGUUAAAAUUUAUGUCUACACUGGCUGUUCUGGUUAACCCUUUUUGAAUUUUUAUAUUUUUUAUGAUUACUUUUCAAUAGAGUAAUGUUUAUUCACUGAGUAUUUGUAUGUUUUAUUCCAUGUUAAAAGUGACUGUUGAUGUAUGUUCAACCUUUAGUUUAUUAACUUGCACAGUUCUUCAGCUCUAUAUAACUGAAAUAUUAAAAUGAAGUGCAUGGGGCAGUAGUUAUAGUACUUUCAUUUGUUUUGUGUUAUUUUAUUUUAUUUUUUUUACUUCACAAGUGCCUUUAUCUGCUUCUUGGUCCAGAAAGUUAAUGAGCAGAUUGAUUAUGAAUGGAACCGGAGGUUUUUAUGUAUCAUGAAAUUUGAUAUUAAUAUUUUUAUUUUCAAAAAUUGUAGUCUAAGUUUGUUGAGGUCUGUGCUCUUACUAGGUAAUUUGGAGAGAAUUCAGUUGCUGAAAAGAGCGGCUCUCUGAGCCGUAAUUGAUGAAUAUUUUUGCAAAGUUUAGAUGGCUUUACUGCGAAGAAAGUGAGUGAGUUUGCACCUUCAUGGGACUGCUAUGUUUAAAUGUCUCUUUGCUCUUCCAGAAGUCUCAGGAUUUUAACUGGAGUAGCUACAUAUUCAGACUCAUUAUGAUUAGAAAGGAGAUAAUUUAUUUUGGUUAUGUUAGCCUUAUUACUAAUGCUUCUCAUUCUUUUAUUCUCAUUAUGUGCCUAGAUUUGGCUUGCUUGUACUCAUUUAAUGUCAGUGUGUGUACAGUGUCCAUCCAUUGACAUCGUACACACAUGCCAUUUCCACUGUUAUUUAGUUUGUAAAUUUUAUUUAUAUUUUGAUGUCUCCAUAAGUGCUUAGUCACCAAGUAGUCUUACAAGAGCUCUCACCUUGUUGGUGAUUAUCUGAGAUUUAAGAAAAAUAUCUUUAUUGCUGUAGGUAUUGGUCCUACUGUUAGUGAUGAUUAUGAUAGCGGUGACAAUAUUGAUAGUAAAAGAAGAAUUCCUAAAAAUUAAAAGAAUCAGGCAAGAUCACAGGGGCAUCAUUUCAGCCUUUUCUUGGGGUGGCAAGGAUGGGCCAGUAAGCAAAGAAAAAAAAGAAAAGAAAAGAAAGAAAGAAAAAUGAUGCUCCUGUAAGAUCAUGUAGUCCAACAAAGUGUCUUCUUGGUUACUAAGCGCAUGUGGCACCAUCUGUGUGUAAACAAAUUCACAAACUAAAACUACAGAGGACAGGGCAUAUACCCAACACCAAUGGGUUUAAAAAAUGUAUAUGCAGUAGUGAGAUAGAAUAAUCACCAAUCAAAGAGGUGAUUUUUAGAAGUACACUAAGAGGUUAGAGUCAUGUGACUUACCGUAGUAUUAAAGCUACUACAGAAGAGUGUCUGAACUUGUUGAAACUUUGACAUUUGGCCAUAUAGAAUUUUAAGAUUAGAAGAGAUAGGCUCUCUCUGCUAAGUUUACAUAGAUAAAAGCAGUCAAGCCAUGAAAUGUGUGAUUCUUUAUGAUAGGAUUUCUUGCAUAAAGCUCCAGUUUUUAAUCCGAUGUCAAAACCCAAGGCUGAUGAGGAGCGUUUUUUUUUUGUGUGUGUUUGCAGUAUUUAUAAAGAUUACUAUUUAUAUUAGGAUGAAAGGCUGAUUAUUAAGAUAGAUUAAUUUUCAAAAGCAUUGUCAGAUUGGAUCCAUUAGUAUGUCAGAGCUCACAGAUUGAUGUUGAGUCUGCUGAAUUGUAGCUUUAUUUAAUCUCAUGGCACUGAAUUGCCUAAGCUUUCAAGUCUUGAGCAGUAUGUAUUUUCUUGCAAGGGUAAUUAUCUAGGCCUUAGGAAUGAAGAAUGCCAUCCAAAUACAUCAUGUUAUAUUGGAAUAGCUAAAAGCUGUAAGUUUUUAGGUGAAAAAUAGACCUAUAGCAGUUCUUAUGCUGAUUUUACUGAAAGGAUAUUCUCCUUAGAUUCACAGUCAUGCAGAUUUUAAAACUUAUAGGGACGCUUGACUAGAUUUCAUAGAAUGUAAUUUUUUUUUUACCAGUGUUUGUCCUAAAAGAUUCAGAACUUCACUUGCCUACUUUAUAAUUCUCAGGGAUCUUCUUGGGAGGAACUUCUCUUGUAAGCUAGGAUGCAACAACUUAGGAGAUUUAUUCAUGAGUGAUGCAUGCAAUAGGUAUAUUUGCUUUUACUAAUCACUGUAUGGUUUACUGGUGUAUGACUAUUCCUUAUUAUUCAAAACAGAGUUAUGACUAGCUGAUUUGUUAAUUCACAAUAUAGCUUCAUUCAAAAGGUAUUAAUUGCUAAAAUUAAGGUUAUUUUAUUUUUAUCAUUUCAUCUUACUUUGCCAUGUAGGAAGAACAAACUUUGCUUUUGUAUAUCAUGUUUUACCAUGAAUUGAACUGAUAGUGAUUACCUCCUAUAACAAUUGUGCAUCAGGGUACGAUGUUGUUCCUAUAUUUUGACUUACUCUAAUGACUGGGAUUUCUUUUAUAUCUAAAGGAAAAGGGAGUCCUUAGACACACUGCAGAAUGCCCUACUCACUAACAAAGAAAAAUAUGUGUUGUGCUGCUUUGCAAUUGCAAAAAUCUCAUUAUAUAGUACCUAUUGUUUGUACUUACAGCUAUUGCUGUCAGUUUUUUUGUUUUUGUGAUUAUAUAUUCCAGUACCAUAUAUGUAUGUAUCUUAUGAUUAUGUAGUGAGCAUAUUUGGAUUAAUUAUGCAGUUUAAGAUUUGCUGUCAAGUUUUACAACAAACACCCAUUUUAUACUUGCUGUCACUACUGUUUGUGUCACAAAUAUCAACAUUUAUGCAGUACACACAGGCUUUCACUCAAAUGCAAACUUACAAACACAGACACAUACAGUUGUGUGCCUAUAGCGAUUGUAUAUUUAAUGUUUUUGACAUACCUGAUAGCAAUGGCUUAGUUAUACAGCUCAGCUAUAGUAUACCUUUUAUUUUGAAAUUAUUAAAUUUUCUCUCUAAUUUUGUAUUUUUUCUUAAAGGAAGAAAUGGUAUGACUCUUGAUGAAUAUGCUGUGAAAUUUACCCUCGAACCAUAUCCUGUGAAGUGAUCAUGUAACUGGAUGAAUGCCAUCCCAAUACUUUCCAAAAAUCAUCUUCCAAGAUUACAUGUGUAACCGAAGAAUUCAUGUAAAAAGAAUUGUAGUCUUUGUAACCAGAAAAUGAUGUUGGGUGUAGCACUUCAUGGCUUCUGCUGUGUUUCUCUUAAGGCUAUACUCUCUAGCUGCAAGUCCCUCCAUAUAACUAAUUGUAGCCGAUGUUAGUAUGAGGUCAGUCUUGCCAUUGUAGAGAUGAAUAUAUGCUAGUUGGUAGGACGUUUGAAUAAACAAAGUUAUGAAUAAUCAGGAUAUAUUUAUGAAUAUACAUGGGAAUGUUAUUAUCAGACCUUUCCACGUGUAUAUUUAUACAUACAUAUAAGACAUACAUGUGCAUGCAUAUAUGCACAUGGACACUCACACACGCAUGCAUACAUGCACACAGGCACACGCACAUGCAUGCGCGCACGCACACUCACACUCGCACUCGCACU